AUGUUGCCAUCGUUGGGAUUGACAUUGUCCUCGUGUUGGAACCUACUGUCGAAAGGCCUUGAAGAUUUUUCAAUCAUGAAAAAGACUUCAUCCGUGUUGGUCAAGAGAAAGUAUUCGGAAGAUCAAGAGCCAAAUAAUUAUUCCAAUCGAGAGGAACAUGUACAAAAUGAUUUCAAGGAGGAGGAUUUAUUGAAAAAUAUUAAUUCUACGGUUCAUACUAAUCCGAAAGCCAAUGAUGUUAAUAAUAAUAUUAUUAUUAAACCCGAAUCGUCCAAAUUAAGUUCAAACUCAGCAUCAUCAGCACCAGAUUUAACAACCGCCAUGAAAUCUUCUCAACCAAUUUCAACAGUAUCCAAUUCACAGCGACCCAAACAAGUAUUUAUUCCUCCUCCUAAAUAUCAACAAGCAUAUCAACAGUGGAAACGAAAACAUUUAUUGUCUCUGUGUCACUCCUACCAACGACAGUCAAACAUGACAAAGCUCAUUGAGACAGAUACGUCUUUGCCUCACAAUUCACAAUGUAGCCAACCCAAAGAAAAUGGUGCAUGCUUUCCAAGUCAUAAAAAGAGAAAGCUUGAACAGGACACCAAACUAUUUCAAUCACCUUCCCAAGGUGUACCUAGAACUGCUCUUGCUGAUAUUUCGGCUGGAAAUACCUGUUUAUCACAAAAUGUCACAAACACGAUUUAUGAAACAAGAGAGCUGAAAAAGGAAGGGACUUAUGUGAGAGAAAGUAUUCAAAACGCGGGGUCCGAGAACAAGAAAAUUCCAACGUUUUCUCAUACGAAUAUUCAUUCAAACACGAAACUCUUGUCGCAAAUUGAACCAUAUCUGGAUCCAUAUCUUGGAAAACAAAUAAUUAACAAGAUUGAUUUGGGUAAAUUGUUUCUUAAAACCGCUGACUUACACAAUAUUUUAGGGAAACAGUAUCCUCUAAUUGGAAAGAUCCAUGGAGGACCUGACAAUGGAUUCUAUUUACAAAUUGAUAAUGAUGGAACCGUCACAAAACAAACCUCAAGCAAUAGUAGCUCUGUAUAUCAGUCCUACACAAGAUUGGGAAGAAUUUUAAUGAGUCUGGGAUUAGGUCGUGCCAUGCUAUACCUACAAUUUCAACAUGAAUAUAUAUCUUCACAUGCUAAUGACGUGGAACAUAUUUGCAAACAUGGUAUUGAUUAUAACGGUACAAGAUACAAGCUCUUCACUGCUAGCAAUUCGUCCCUUUGUAGUAGAACAGGCCUAUCACUGUUCAUCUCAUCGCAUAUCGAUCAUCUAUAUUUGGUAUCCAUGUUGGGUAACUUUUCUGAAGCUGCAAAAAAAGGACCAAGAAAAGCAUUGAGCCGAUUGGCCUUAAAUAGCGGAAAGAGCUAUUUCUGUAGAAAACAAUUACGACCAGAAGAGUUAUUUGUUUUAGAUGACGAAAAAGAUUUUCCUGGUGUUGACGGGUGCGGCUUUGCACGAGAGGAUUACUUUAAAGAUAUUUUGAAGCUCACCGAGAAGCAACCAUUUCUACAUGAUGACGGAAAAGUUUCUCGGUUAAUUCAUGAUAAUGAGAUUGAUAACAUAGUAGCCAUCCAAUUUCGAGUGGGUGGAUUUAAGGGAGUUCUUCAAUCUAUUCCAAUGAAGUUUUGGAGCACUUUGAAACAAAAGUAUGGAUUUCAAGAUAGUAUACGGUGCGUUAUGCGAAAAUCUAUGGAGAAGUUUAUUGGAAAUACUGAUAUAUAUAGCAACUUUGACGUUCUGGAGGUUUCUAAAGUUUGUGGUGGUAGCAUUAAUCUUCAUUUCAUGUCCUGUAUGCUGCAAUUAACCUCAAACCGAGAAGAAAUGGAAAACAUAUUUUUACAACGAUUGGAUGAAUAUUUGGUAGAGAAGUUGUGUUUGGAUCCUGAGAAUAGGUCACAAUUGAAACAUUCAGCAGUGUUGAAUGAUAUUAAUUCGAGCGCAACAUUUGAGCAAGAUUCUGUAUACAACACAGUGAAACGCUUAUUGUUGGCUGGUCACAAAUUAGACAACCCUUUCAUUCAUAAGUGGAUUAUGAAAAGAAUGGAGAGAAAAUGUCAAGCUUUGUUUUUCAACCAUUUAUCACUUAAAUUCAAAAUUAAGAAGUGUGUUAAUUUGGUUGGAGUCAUUGAUGAAACUGGAAAACUUGGACCAAAUCAAGUUUUCAUUGCAUGUCCAAAGAUCCGUAAUACUCUUGGAGAACGCGAAUAUCACAACUUACGGCAAGUCAUUGUAUAUAGAAAUCCACUUGCAUAUCAAGGUGAUAUUAUGAAACUUGAAAUUGUAACAACCCUUCCUAACACAUUUACCGCUGAGGAAGCCGAAUAUAUGGCUUCCAGAGAGAAUGUGAUUGUGUUUCCCAAGUGCUAUCGACAAAAGUCCAUUCAUCAAUUUAUGGGAGGUGGAGAUUUAGAUGGUGAUCGAUAUGUUAUCAUUUUCGAUCAAGAACUCAUUUCACUCUUUGACAAGGAAGCUCCAAAAGUUGAUUACGAUAGUCAUCCUCCAAUCAUCAAUGAACCAAGCAAGCCAGUGUCUCAUUACAAUGUUAUUGAUGAGCAUGUGAGUUGCAUUAUCAAUAAGGAUAACCUUAUUUCAGACAUUUUCUAUUGCAACAUGCUUGUGCGAGAGAGUAAUGAUAUCGAGACGAAGAUGUUACUGGCCAAAGCACUUGCGGACGCCAUUGAUUCCAAGCGAGCUCACCACAUUGAUUUUAGAAAACUCAUUUUGGAAACGAAACAAAAAUUUAAAGAACCAGCAUGGUAUUUGGAAAGUUCAAAAGUUAAGGUUUCACAAGCUCGUUUAUUUGAUUCCCAUACAUUUGAAUUUCGAAUGAUGAACUUGAUCAUUGAAACAUAUUCUUCCAUCAAAUAUCAACCCAAUCAUGUCACGAUCGAUAGAGAUUUAGUUGUGACUAGACCUAAGAAAUGCAAUGCAAUAUUGGAAAAACAGUGGAAAGAAGAAUUUACUCUUGCACACAACAAAUGGACCGAAUAUUGGAUACAUUUUUGCUCCAUGCACAAAGAGUCCACAAAUUUCAAUGUAUACAACAAGUACAACAUGAAGGAAAAGAUCUUUCAAAAAUCGUUGAAACCAUUUCUUGACGAAUUUUUGGAUUCAAAUUCUCAAAGACAGCAUCCAUCGAAUCAUCAUCUCCGACCACAGCAAUAUUGGACAGACAUGUUUCAUUCGAAUGGUCUUCUUGCGACAGAUGCACCUUACAAGGCGAGUAUUUGGCUUCAAGCAGCAUAUGAAUUAGAAAAACGAUACAUGAAAGAAGAAGCUUUAUGUCCUUCUCAACUACCAUCAAGAAGCACCAUCCUCUCCCUGCAGUCUUCUCGUUCCAUGAUACGAGACGGCAUCCCCGUGAUGAAUUCCUCUCAAACAACACGGCCAUUAAGGGCGAUCAUUCCAUCUUCACAACAACCAUUAUUGGCUCAAUCCUCUUCCUAUUCACAACCCUGCAAUUUUCAUUCACACUUUUCACAAUGCCCCUCUUCAACCCAAAGGAGCCAAGUUUCCAUCCUUCCCAGAAGAAAAUCCAUCUUAUCGAGUCCCUUUCUCUAUUAUUGUUGCCUUACUGAAUUGAAUCUUUUAAAGACAACCAAUUCCACAUGGACAACUACCACCAUGUGUCUCUCCAGCACUCCCAUCAUUCUCCACCCCAAGCUUCCUUUUAGCCUUUCAGCUUCCGUAUGUGUCUAUGCGUAUUUACAGGGACGAAUUUCGGGUAUGAGUGGAAUUGCAGGUUGUGCAUUCCGUGGACUGAAAAACAAGUUAUUGCCAUCAUCCUCACCGAAUCGUUCAGUGGUUACGGAAGAAGAAUUUGCACACAAAAUUCUCUAUAUUCUUGGUUUGAUGGUUGCAGGCUUUACGGUGUGGUUUCUAGAGAUGGUUCCCGAUCAUUUUGUUCAAAUUUCAUCCAUUUGGCUCUCCUCUCCUUCCGUAUGGGUCAUGUAUUUGGUGGCAGGAUUGUUAGGUGGGUUUGGAACACAGCUCGGAAAUGGAUGUACAUCGGGAAUGAUGAUUUGUGGUAUUGCACGACUUUCUAUUCGAGGAUUUGUGUCCACAAUGGUGUUUUGUUCAGUUGCCUUUGUUUGUGUCAAGUAUUUGAGAAGUAUUGAAUUUGUAGCUCAGAAUUUAAUCAAUAUUGGACAAGGAGUUGAAUUGGACAAGCCUUUCAUGGCAUUCCCAACUAUGGAGAAGGCAGUAUUAAUUUUCCUUUACUUUUUGUUGCUCAUUUCAAUUUACAUGUACAUUUUACGACGAGUCCAAUCAUGGAGUGACAAUGCCCAACACACUUUGGACUUUUACUUGCAUUUUUAUAAUGGAUUGGUAUUUGGAUCUGGCUUGGCGCUGAGUGGAAUGACAAAUCCAAUGAAAGUACUUGGAUUCUUUGACAUUGGAGGCGAAAACUAUGACCCAUCAUUGUUCUGUGUGGCCAUAUUUGCCAUCCUGCCAAGCAUGUUUGUUUUCCAAAAGUAUGUGUUGCCACGAGCUGCCCAACAUGAAAAACCACCAAUUUCUACCAAAUAUCACAUGCCAACAUCAAAUUUAAUUGACUGGAAACUUAUUGCUGGAGCUGCCAUAUUUGGAGUCAGUUGGGGAAUGGCUGGAGUUUGCCCAGGCCCUUGGAUGACAUCUCUGGGAUCAUUGAAUCCUCUGUAUGUCAUCUUUGGAGUAGGUUUUGGCGCUGGAAUUUACUUUAAAGAUAUGUUGCGAGUGUAA